AUGGCUGCUUGGCCGCCCGCCCGGCACUGCGAUGCGAAGACUGCACCGCAUCCGCUGGCGUUCGGCAUCUGCAGCCUUGGGGACGCUCGAGAGCUUGACCUUGCCGCAGAGGACUGGCAGAGCGACGGACAUGCAGAGGGUGCAAGCGUGCAGCACAGAUUGCAGAGAGAAGGUCUCAUGUGCAUGCAUCUCGCACGGCGGCCCGCAAGCUACGGCCCCGUUCAGGGCACGGCAAUCAGCACCUCCGGCUGGCGGCACGAUCCCAGUGAUGGGCGUUUGCCGUGCUGGAUCGUGCCAGACGGCAACGGUGGAGCAUUCGCAGUGUGCACGCCGUCUGGCAGCAGCUGGGGCGGACGUGUAUUAUGCACCACUCACACAGCAGCGGGACCUUGUCCUGCGUCCGCCGUGACACUAGCAGCGAGGUGCAGAAUCUACAGUUCCAAAGUGGACCCCACUGCAACUCUACGGCAGAAGACCGACACACAAGAGGAAUUGCAGGAUCCUGGGGCGUCUGGCGUGGUCGCCGAGCAGGGCACGCCGGGCACGGCAGUGUCAUGGGAAUUCCAAAGCCGUUUCAACGCUCCGCGAGCUCUGCGCCUCAACAAUUUGCACCAUGCACGCUGCUGGAUGGAGGUGCGGGAUGGAGGGCGAUGCACUGGCACCCGCGCCGACGGACGCGUUCACGUCGUGUGGCUUUUCUGCGUGCCCGCACCGCCGGGCCAGCAACUGCAGGCGGGCGCUCGGCGGACCCGCUCCCCCAUCCUGCGUCGGCGCUCGCUCCGCUUCGGGCAUGCGCGCUGGCAGAGGCUAUAUCAGGGCAUCUGUGCAGCCGCCCUCGCGCCGCGCCGAGUAAGGGAGCAAGCUCAGGGCGUGAGGCGCGCGCAACAGACGCAGCAGCAGCAGCCGCCAGGCGCCCGGCCAAGUGCCGUUCAGCGCUGGCCUCCACUCGACUCGACUCGACUCGACGUCACGGCUCACGGCCCUCGCAAGCCCGGCCAACUCCCUUGCGCCCACCACCUCCCGUGCUGCAGACAUGUCAUCUCAUCCCAUCUCGCGGCAGGCCCCACCUGCUGCAAAGGCGAUCCGUCUUUAGGCGCCACCAGAGCGCGAAUAUUCCAGCCUGCGAUCAGCGCCCGGGAUGCGUGCUCCCACGGCUGGCGCGAGGCCUGCUCCCAGACGGGCCCUCGCGGCGUGCCUUGCCCUGCUCCAUGCUCCCCAGACGCAGCGCUCCCGUGA